CGGAGAAAUCACGGACCGGUCCCAGUAGCGCGCAUCACGUUAUAGCGACGCCACGUACACCACACCAGCCUGUAUUUCAAACAAAUUGUGUUAUAGUGCAUGUGUUUUGUGUUUGGUUCAUUUUAAAAAUCUGUGGAUUUAAACAACAAUACCGGUAACCAGUUCAUCAUCAGCUGUGAUCCAAUGGGUCGGUGAUGGGUGUCGGUGUUUUCUCGGUGGCGCUGCUGUGCGCGAUCGUAUGCGCCAGCGCAGCCCCUUACACCGUAGACUGCAACCACGAGUACACAGAUUGUGAUAACGAACUCAGUAAACUAACCAGUGAAGAUGACGACUCACCAGCUCUCUUACCUUCGAUAGCGUCUCCUAUUGUAGAAGUAACAACAACUUCAACAUCUUCCACGGUUACACCUACACGAUCUACGCCGACAAUUGAAGAAAUUGCUAUAGAAAAUAUAACAGCUGAAAUUACCACUACAGAGGCUAAUGAAAUCAAAGAAGCGUUGAAACCAAAGCCGAGAUUGUUGAAUCUUAGCGUGGAUGAAUUACAAAAUUUCGCCAAUGCCUUGCACAAUCAGACCAUGGGAACUAAGAAGGUAUUAGGUGAUCUAAGUGACGUCAAUUUAGACGGAGAUGACGAUGAUGAACCCAGGAUAACAAGCAAUGAUGCGAAAAAUAAACAAAUAUCUGAUAAGUUUUAUACAAAUUUACAAGCACCAUUCAAUCCAUUGCUAGCCGUGGACAGAUCUGAAGAAAUUGAAACUUGUAAAGAGAAUGAAGUAAUGUAUAAGGUCGGUGAACGUAUAGACCGUGGUUGUGAAGAGACCUGUGUCUGUACACCGGGUGGUCACUUUGAAUGCUCGCCGCGAUGUAAGCAUCCUUACAUAAGACGAGGCAGAAGACUCGAUGAUCCUCUUUGUUUUGAGUCGCCGGUUGACAUAUGUUGUUCCAUAGUCACCUGUGCAACUGGUAACAGAGAAUCAAAGCCAACCAGCGUGGAAAUUUGUAAAUACGGCAAUAAUAGUCAUCCAGUCGGUUCAACGUGGAAUAUAGGCUGCGAACAGACAUGUGCCUGUGAACCUAACUCCAUUGUCACUUGUAAACCAAGAUGUAAAAAAUUACCGCAUUCGGAUAAAUGCAUCAACGUACAGGAUCCCAAAGACGAGUGCUGCGAGGUUCAAGUCUGUGACGUCUCACAGGAUGUUCACGAAGAACAUGACAAUAUGACCAGCACUACGUCGAGCACUACAGAGAUACCGAAGGAAUUGCACGAUUUGAUCAAUUCGCAUCUACCAACAAUAAGGCCAUUAGUUCUGGCAGAACCCAUUGGAUCUAUAAAAGUGUUGCAAAACAAUAGCGUACAAGUUAACCUCAUGCAUAUGAAUAACAGCGAAGAUCCUAUUCAUCUGCUACUAAGCAGUGACGGAGGGAAAACCUAUAGUGAUAUUGAGUUAGUGUAUUCCAAUUUAAUAUUAAAUCUAGACGGAGGCAAAGAUUACAUAUUAAAAACUAAAGAAACGGGGACCAAAUUUAAUUUUACGAUAACAGCUUUAGAUGAUGGUAACGAAGUACCAGUCGAAGAAAGAUAUAAUGAGACCAAGAUUGGGUGCUAUCAUGAGGGACAAUUUUACGCUGUCGGAGAAGAAUUCAAGAUACACUGCGCAGAAGUAUGCGAGUGUACAGGAGACGAGACGCGAGAGUGUGCUCCCAUGAUAUGCCCAUCUCACGUGGGGCUAGAACUUGUGUCGAGGAGCUGCGUUGAGUGGGAGCCGAGCCCGCCACCUCAACCACCCAACUGCUGUCCUAGAACCGCACGCUGUUUGAGUGACGGUACAUGCCAUUACAAAGGCCAUUUUGUUCCUAACUGGAGCGAAGUACCACUUUCAGUAUCGGGUUGUGAACAGCGAUGUUUUUGCGAAAACGGUAUAGUAGACUGUCAGGAAGCUUGCAACCCACUUCCUUCUCUACCGCCGCAAUCAUUACGAUGCCCGCCUAUGCAUCGACCGGCUCCAGUCAAUAUAUCUGACGAAGACUGCUGUAAACAGUGGGGUUGCGUUCCUCACGGUCAGAGUCCAAAAGGAUCACCAACUUCCUUCCUACCGACAAUUCCUCCUGAUAAUCAAUAUCCACAAGACGAAAUACCUGAUUAUGAUCAAAAUAAUAUCCACCGUCCAGAUUAUCCAAUACAGUUUGGCUCAUCCGGCCUGCCCAUAGGAUUCCCCGUGCCGCAAGGAUUUGACAAUGAAAAUAAAAAACUGUCAGUCCUAUCAAUACAAUCAGAUUCACCAACGAGCAUAAAAAUGCUGUUCGGACUGGCGUCAGUAUUGGUCGGUCUGCGUGGUAGUGUUGAUUUAAGAUAUACCGAUACAGCAAAUGAAGACAUAACCCAGUGGCAAUCUCAAGUGUUCGCACCAGCUGACGAGAUUUUGACAACACCGCGAUUGGAAUUCCGCCUCACUGGCUUAAAACCAUCCACCACAUACAAAAUAAGAGGGAAAUUGUAUCUACACAAUCUGAAGAUGGAGCCAGAAAGCGAAAUUUACACUGUUCGGACACAGGAUUUGACACCGGUAUUGCCACUCGAAGAAAAACGGAGAGAAAUAGACGCGAAGCUGACGGUACUGGAUGUGAACGAUACUACCGCUCAAGUUAGCUGGAGACAUUUCACUGAGGACGAGUUGCAACUAAUUGAUGGCAUUCAAGUGAGAUAUCGUCCAACAGGCACUCCCAUCUAUAGUAUGACGGAGCUUCUUCACCACAGCCGGUCUCACGCUGAACUACGCGAGUUGAGACCCGGCAGCCGGUACGAGGCUUCAUUAGUGUUGAUACCACCGCCCAGGAGUACCACCGAGCUUAUAGAUCCAGGGAUGGUGGAAUUCACUACCGCACCAUUCAUUGAUCCCUACAACUGGUCGAUCGUGAUAGAGUCUCGUGCUAUCGGCUCGGAGGCUGUUGAGUUAACGUGGCGAGGUGUACCGGACCCUGCUGAGCGCUGGGUGAGGGUGUACCGAGCGGCACACGCAUGCGGUGACGUCGGCAAAGAACAUGAUGCUUUGAAACUAGCCGCCAGGGAUUCCCCGCCUACUAUAACACUAUCCGGGCUAGAACCCGACUCCAGAUGUCGUGUCUGGUUGGAGCUGUUCCUCACUAACGGGAAGGUUAAGACUAGCAAUGUUUUGGACAUACACACAAAAUCGGUGGAUUCACCGGAACCCAUUGAUAAUAUUGUAGAAGCCUCAACGAUAGCUGGUCGUCACAAAGGCGACUACUACGGCGCGCUGGUGGUUGUGGGAGUUCUAGCUGCGUUAGGAGCUCUCGCCACCACGCUGCUGUUACUAGUACUGGUGAGGAGACAUCGACCGCGAUCUGUUCCCAUCACGUCGGUGCCAUCAGCUCCCCGCGAGUCAUCGCUGCCUCCAUAUGACAAUCCGGCCUACAAACUGGAACUGCAACAGGAAACUAUGGAUCUCUGACAGUUAAAUUCCCGUGGCCAAACAAAUGGCGUUAACGGGAAUUCUGAAAGAAAUGUUGACCAAACAAGAGGACCCUACAACGAAAGAGGCGUCUAAUACAAAAGUUACAUGGAAUAUACUAUUGCUAAAUCAUAGUUAUGUUCAUUAUAUUUAAUUUUGACAUAACAAUAAUUGUUACGUCUUUAAUCUAUUUCUAUGUAUAAUUAGAUUUAGAAUUGAUUAUUCUAAAUCGUCUGUCUUGCUGUAACUGUGAGCUUAAUUUGACUCGGAAACGUUAGACUCAUUAAUUUUCAAAUCUCAGCAAUAAAAUUUUUACGAAUAUUUUUAAAUAAAGAACAUUUUUUUUUUCAUAUUGUAUCUGUUAUCGUCGUAUUGUGCCUUACGCAUAUUAUUUGUAAAUAGUGUUUAUAGUUUAAUAUAAUAUUAAUGAAUAAGACUGUCCGUGCGUCCGUUUGUUUAUAGUGUUGAGAUAAAAUAUCUUCAACAUUAAGCGUGUGAGUGUGUCUUUUAUUUCAUACCUAAUACAAUCAAAUAAGCAUAUGUACAAAUUAUGUUUCAAGCAUUUUAGUGCGACACAUUCGUAUGUAAUAUAAGUUAUCUAAAUGAAAAUAAACAUAGGAUAUUUCUAAGUUGUUAAUAUUAGUAUUAAUUCAUAUUUGUUACGAUGAUUUUUUUUUUAACGAAAUAAAUUUUUUUAUUACA